AUGACUGUAUUAUCAGAGAGAUUAGAUGCAUUGAAAGAUUUAAGAGGAAAUUUUUCAUUGAAUCCCACGUAUAAAGAUUUAGUCACUGGAUUAUGGAAUACGAUAUCAUGGUAUUAUGCACCACAUAUGUGGUCGAAUUAUAUAUUUCCACAAUCAUUCAUAGAUGAAUUUACUGAACAUUUCUAUUUUCCAUUGCAUGAAAUAACAUACAUUAUCUAUAUUGCUGUUUUCAUAACAAUGCUACGAUAUGCAUUUGAAUAUUACAUAUGCAAACCGUUACUCAAUUGGUUAGCACUUACAAAAUUAAACAAACGUAAAUGUCCUGAAUCAGCGUGGAAAUGCUUAUUAUAUACAGUGACAUGGUCUUAUUGUGUUUAUUUAUUACAUUAUCGAUAUAAUUAUUUUCACGAGCCAUAUUUAAUAUGGGAUGAUUGGAGUCCAGGAAUGACUGUACCGGUGGAUAUUAAAAUAAUGUAUUUUUUGCAGUGUGGUUUUUAUUUACAUUCUAUUUAUGCUACGUUAUACAUGGAUUACAAACGCCGAGAUUUUUAUGUUAUGCUGCUGCAUCAUGUUGUCACAAUGACGUUGAUAUUUGUGUCUUAUGCUACUCGUUAUCAUAAAGUUGGAUUAUUGGUGCUGUUUGUUCAUGAUAUAACCGACAUAUGGUUAGAAUUAACAAAAGCGUUACAUUAUUUGAGUCGUCAAAACGAUAAAGAUUGUCCAAAAUACGAAACGGCAGCAACAUGUACUUUUAUCACAUUUACAGCUUGUUGGCUCUUAUUCCGUUUAUAUUGGUUUCCAUUAAAAGUACUGUAUUCAACUGGUGUUGUUACCGCAUAUCGUGCCUAUGAUAAAGGCUGUGGUUUAUAUGGAUUUUUUAAUUCUUUGUUAUGGAUAUUACUUGGAUUAAAUAUUUAUUGGCUUUUUUUUAUUUGUCAAUUCCUUUAUAGAGUAUGUUCAGGAGCACUGAAUGGUUUACAUGAUACACGCGAAGAUGAAGAUGAUGAAGAUGAUGAAGAUGAUGAAGAAGAAAAAACAGUUAAAGCAUCAAUCAAUUCGGUUAAUUUGUAUACCCUUUUGCCUUUUAAUCAAUUAAUUAUGUGUGACAAUACUCAUUUCUGUAAAACUCAAUUAUAUUCAUACAAUGAAAGCAAUCACUAUUACAUGGAUGUUAACGAAACACAAGCAUGUUAUGUAAAACGAAAAUUAUCAGAAUCGGAUGAUCAAGAAGACGAUGUGAGUAGCGAAGAGAGUGAAGAUGAUUUGGAUGAAAAUGAAGAAGAUAGUGAUGAAGAUAAUCAACAACACUCACACACACAUAAUCAUCAAGAUAAUUCUGACCUAUACCAUAGUAGUAGUUGUUAUCAAUCAUACAGUGCAUCAUUAUCAAAAUUUAAUUCACUCAAUAGAUGUUCUACAAUUACAACGAGACGCCAUAGUGAUACAGUAGUGACAACAUCAAAAACAGUUUCGUCCACAACUACACCGAUAUUAAAACGUCGUUGUACAUAUUCAACGAUGCAUGAUGAUGAACAAAAACGUACAAUAUUAUUAGAAUCUUACCGUAAAUUACGUGGCAUUAAAAAACCCAAACUCCAUGUAUCGUUAAUGAUUUGUAAUUUGAUAAAACGUUUAGAAAAAACAUUCAAAACACCUUCACCCUCAUCAACCACCAUAACUAGUACAUCACACAGUUGCAAUAAUACCAAUUUGGUUGCUACAACAACCACACCACUAACAAAUAUAUAUCCCAUGAGAACACCACCACAACAUUAUGGUUUAACGUCGACGCAUGAUCAUCAGUAUUCUCCUCAACAUCAUCAUUCGAGAACAUCAUUUCGCACCACGUCUUCAGACAGUAUAUCUCCUCAAUUGUUAGACUUCAAUGAUAUUAUGUAUAAUUCAUCUACAAAUUCGUCGACUAGUUUAAUAAAUGAUUCAGUCAAUGAUAUAGCCGAUAAUAAUAAUUGUCCGUAUAACAAUGAAACAAAAACUCAUUUGAAUGAUUAUAUUAAUGAAACGUACACACCAUUUCAUCAUCAUUAUACAUAUUCACCUCCAUUAAUAUCUUCCACACAAUACUGUGCUGUUUCCUCAUCGCCGUCUUCUCUAUCACCACAACUACAACAAUCAAUAACAACAGCACCCUCGAUUAUUACAUCGAGUCCGAAUGCCAAAGAUAUAUUAUUAUCUACCUAUUAUGAUACUGUUUCACCUAUUCUUGUUACAGAAAAUACAAACAGUAAUUGUGAAUUAACUGACAAUACCGGUGUAUCAUCAACAUCUUGUACAACAUCACAUUAUAAUACCGAUACAUUUUGGACAACAUUAGACUCGUUACAACAAUCAAAUUUUGCUAUACCAGCUUCAAUUGUCUCUGAAGAUGAAUUAAUUGCACCACAUGGUGGUGGUGAAUACAUUGAUAUUAGUGGAAAUACGCUAUCAGCUUAUACAUUUUGUCAUUCUCCGCAAACAAACAACGAUUCAUUACCAAAUACGAACUCUUCUUCUCAAACAACAAUUUCUACGACAAUAAAUUCGUCCGAUUGUUGUUGUAAUGAAACGACUAGAACAAUACUUGAUGAUGAUUCUUCUUGUGCAUUUACUACUAAUAAUACUUUGCAAUCAUCUGAUUUAUGUACCAUUCUACUACCGUCGAACACGAAUGAACUUGAUAUGAAUAAUAAUGAAACAUUUUCCUCACUAGUAAAUACAUCAAAUUUGACUAAUCCUGAACUAUCGUCAUCGUCUUCUUUCUCUUGUAUUACAAUAACAGAUUGUGAUAAUACUAAUUCACUGAUAGCAAAUAAUAAUAUUUCUUUUUAUCCACAAGUAACAACUACAUCGUGUUCUUAUAGUCCAUCGUCUUCUUCAAGUGACCACAGUUCAUCUCAAACGUAUUAUCAUGCAAUAUUAAAUUACAAUUUGCACGAAUCAUCAAGAACUAAUAAUGGAAUUAUAACAACGGCUUAA